AUGCCGACGGUCCAGCUACGGAAGAAUGCGACGAUCGCAACGGUCAGAUUCGGUGGAAACGAGCCGACGAACACGAUCGGGAUCACAACAGUCAUCACCCCGAUUGGAGAAGUCGUUUUCCACGUUAUCAAUAUGUCAACGCCCUUCUUGCUAUGCCUCAAGGAUAUGGACCGUCUCGGUGCCUAUCUCAACAACGUCACGAACGAAUUGAUCUGCGGCGAUAAGAGGAUUCCGAUCAUCAAGGCAGACGCACCGCGCAGGUUCAAAUUCACGUUAAAGGAUAACUGCGAUUUCAACUACGAAUUGAUCGUCGAUGUGGAGAGAUAUCACGCCCCGAUUCGAAGGGCAUACGAGAUCUUGAAAGCCGAGCUAAAAACAGCAUCAGCUGAGUCGUUGCUUCAAAUGGCCUUCAAAUCCGUCAAUGAUACCGCCGGACCUGACGGUCUAGUGCCCACACUACUAGUCUUUGAAGUCACAGUUGAGCUAGACAACGGGCCAGCUAAAUUUCGCAGCACGGCUGUCCAGCCCUACUUUCGCCACCCGGAUUCGCAGCAGCAACGAAGUCACGAUGUUCUACAGCAGCCACACGCUGACAAUCAGACUGCUGACAAUCAGGCUGAUAGCAUCAACGUUGAGACCGAAGUGCCUAAGCCAUUCGAAUAUCCCGAGCCGGAAAGACCACGCAGACGCGGCAGACCAAGAAAACCCUUUUCGUUACCUCGAUCUCAAUUUUCACCCGCUAAUAUGUUUCUAUCGCAUAAGGAGUGCGCCGCCCUCGACCUUGCCGUAAAGUUACGUGCAGAGAAGAAAAUCACUACCGCCGGACGACCGUUUGAAGCCUCUGAUGACCUCGAAAUCACGAACCUGCUAGGCGCAGGCGUCAUCGUGCCCGAACGAUACGAUAUGAAUAAGCAUGGAAAACACAGGCUAUUCAAGUCACGAAUGGUCCGGGAGGUCAAAGGAUAUGGUGACGACGAGAAGCAGAUCAACGUCACGACCGCAGAGACCAACGCGGAUACCGCACUUCAGGUUAAUGCCUUCGGCGUUGCCGCGCUUCAGACUGAUGAUACGUUAUUGGUAGGCACAACAACAUUCCUGCAACGUGAAGACCGCGAGCUAUGCUUCCAAGCCAAGCCAAAGAAGACCCUACGAGAAGGCGAUACCUGUGAUUUCAACGGCAGCCUCAUUGCUCUAGAGAAGGGCUAUCUUCUAGUCAUGCAGAAAGGUCAGGUCAACAACCUCAAAAUUAUCGAUCUAUCCACGGAAGAUCGGGCCCAACGAUACGUGGAACAACGUGCCCAUCCAACCGCGGAGGAUUUUCAGGCGUUGAAUAAACGGAUCCAAUGGCAGAUCGACAAUCCACAAAGAGGCCUUCGAUUUGUCCCAAUAGGUCUAGAAGCAGCAAAGGUCUUCGUCUUCACAGACGGAUCAUUCGCCAACAACAAGGACUUAAGCUCUCAGAUCGGAUUCGUUAUAAUCAUUGCAACCGAGACUAACUCGACGAAGUGCAAGAGAGUCACCCGCAGCGUCUUGGCUUCUGAGAUAUAUGGAUUAGCUUCAGGCUUCGAUUUGGCAUAUGUGAUCACAGAGACGAUCAACCAGAUCACAAACCGCCUUGGAUUGCCGCAAAUCCCGCUCGUGGUGUCGUACGAACAGAGAGACAUCACAAGCAUCCGUUGGAUCAAUGGUGCGGACAACCCGGCUGAUGCAAUGACGAAGCUAUCUCCGAACGGAGCCUUGACCCGAUUCGUCAACGACAACGAGAUCACGAUCCGGCUUGAAGGUUGGGUUCAAAGGAAGGAAGAUAUGACGAUUGAAGAGGCGAUUAACGAUUGA